AUGUGGCUCUCCAUCCAGGGCAACAGAUUUUUCUCCGAUGCGGUCAGACUGGCGUAUUUGAGCCGUCUGCUGGCCACUAUGCGCUUUGUGGCCCACGACUUGUACCCAUUGUGUGCAGAAAACACCGAGAUACAGUCUUCUGUCGAGCCACCAACUGAAUGGCAGCUGGAGGAAGACCAUUUCCACGAGGUUCAAAGGAGGACAGAAGAUCUUGUCGUCCGGAGCACGAACGUACUUAAGGAUUUUGGCAGAGUACUGAGCCAGGUACUCGUCCGUGGCGUUCUCCACCACGUCUCCGUAAGCCUGGGAGUACAGAGCAAUAAGGAUGUUGAGCAACACCAGGACCACAAUGAAGGUGUAGGCAUAAUAAAGGAUAGCGCCGUACGGGUAUGCGAAUCUCUCGAUUGCGCCGAAAUCAGGGCCGCCCAGCACGGUCUGCACCAUAGUGGUGGUGAGGAAACUGGUGAGUUCUCUUUUUCCGUCAGCCUGGUCCAAACCGAUAAAAGCCUGCAGGAAACCGAUCGUGAUGAUGAACAGCAGGAAGAAGAAGAUGAACGACUCUCUGAUCAUUUUCUUGACAACCACAAUCAUUGUUCCGCAGAACUGCAGAACGUCCAGGUACAGGAGCAGCCGCGACCACAUGAACGGAGCGGCCAGCGACAGCAGUCUGUACGAGAUCACGUUGAACUGGUCACGUGUGUCGAGGGACUGGGAGCUGAUAGCACCGAUCCGCACCGACAUGGACGCGAUGACGAUCAUGUACAACGCGUCGUUGAAGGCGUUAGAGAACUGCACGUAGAAGUAGCCAACGUGGUACAGUUUGAUGAGCUCGUCGAUUGCAAAGCCCAGCGUGAACAGGUAGUACACCACCUCGACGGCUCCCAAAUGGGCGGUGGUGGUGUCGGUGUUGAUGAUGUAGGUGUAAAGCACGAGAUAGAGCACGGAAAACACAAUUUCCAAGAUGUUCUGGUAGAAAGGAGUCUUGAUUCUGUCAGGAUCAAAGUGCUUAAAGAAGUCCGUGUAGCUGGUUCCCUUAAAGAGCACGUAAUUAGACGAGUCCGAGGACGACUGGACGAUCCAGCCACGCCAGAUCCACUUGAGACAUCUCUGGUAGCCGCCCGAGGAGAUGAUGAUAGUGGCAUGGGUGUCGACAGCCAGUUCCAACGCGUUUUCCGGCUCCGUGUCCUCGUCGUGGAGGUUGAUGGAGUACCUGUUGCAGAGCAUCGAGAUGAAGAGAGAGUAGUACCAGCCACUGACCUUCAGCAGACAGAACACCAAACAGGCCUGGUACCGUCUGGCGGAGGCGCCUUCGCCUCCUGCGGCGUCCAGCACGGCGCGGAUGACCUUAUCGGUCAGGACGAUUGA